ACAGCCACACCGCGGUCCACGGCGUAGCGCAAGUCCGUCGGUCCACAAUCGUCCUGCAUCUGCCUGUCCCGGCAUACACGUGCGCGCUUAUAGGUGGUACGUACGAGUACGAUGGGCCGGAAGACGGACAGGUGACUACCGCGUACGCUUACUGCAGACGACGUGACGUAAUUUGCAAAGGGACGAUUUAAGACCAUGGUUGAACAAUUAUUGCAAGAACGAUGCGGUCGCCAGCUGUCAGCAUGCAUACGAAUGAAUAAUAGAUUGGCUGGAGCGGAGUUUGAACUAAACUGUGGCAAGAGACAGAGUUCUAAAAGAUCUGCAGACCAAAGGGACAGAGGUCGUGUUACCGGAGUAUUUGACAAAGAAGAUACGGAUUUGGAUUUAGACCUGAAAUACCAUCUACAGACAUGCACGUGCUCAUGCAACCAUAUGGGAUUUGGAAAUUAUAUGGAUUACUAUCAGACCGGUUAUCCUGACGUGCAACAAACGUCUAGGCCGUCGACUUCCGGAAACAUCAGGCGUGAAGGUUUGUGUAACGGGCAGCUACACAACAAUAGAAAUUACGAAUCGCCUAAUAGCUCAACAGCUUCAGAUAGAGACCGAAAAAGUAAAAUUGUGUAUGAGAUACAAGUUCGGCCUUGUAUAGGUAUUAUAUUCGUAGUUAUUGGCAUGAUUAUAUUACUUUUAUGGAUAGCGAUGCCCAGCUCAACCGAAGGUCCAGGCGCCUUUACUUCCCAACACGAGGAAACUUUAGAGGUUAUCCGGAGGAUACUCGGGGAAGUCCCAUUAAUUGACGGGCACAACGAUUUACCCUGGAACAUUCGAAAGUUUGUGCACAAUCAAUUGAUGUUUUUCAACUUUUCAUCAGAUCUAAAAACUGUGGGACCAUGGUCGAAGAGUAACUGGUCGCAAACGGACUUGCCACGGCUCAGAAAGGGAAUGGUCGGAGCUCAAUUUUGGUCGGCAUACGUACCCUGUGGAAGACAACACCUGGACGGCGUCCAAACUACAAUGGAACAAAUCGACGUCAUUAGAAGGCUGGCCGAGAACUAUUCGGGCGAUUUACAGCUUGUUACUUCGGUAAAAGGCAUACGAGAGGCGCAUAAAGCCAAGAAAAUCGCCAGUUUAAUCGGAGUUGAAGGCGGUCAUUCGUUGGGAAAUUCGCUGGCGGUUCUCAGAAUAUUCCACAGCCUCGGAGCAAGAUAUCUAACGUUAACGCAUACUUGCGACACGCUAUGGGCAGAUUGUUGUUCAGGCUUAGAUUCGCCAGAAAACGAACACCAAGGAUUGUCUCCAUUUGGACGGCUGGUACUGAGAGAACUCAAUCGACUCGGAAUGAUGGUCGAUCUUAGCCAUACGUCCGUAAAGACAAUGGAAGAUGCGCUCAACUAUACCUUAGCACCAGUGAUUUUCUCACAUUCUUGUGCAUACGCUUUGUGUGCUUCGUUAAGAAACGUUCCUGAUCACGUGCUCAAACAAGUGGCCUUAAACGACGGUAUAGUCAUGGUGAGCUUCUAUUCUUAUUUUAUAAGUUGUAAUUCCACGUCGACCAUGGAACAAGUAAUUGCUCAUAUUAACCAUAUAAAAACCGUAGCGGGCGAGGAUCAUGUCGGCCUAGGCGCUGGUUACGACGGAAUUAAUCAUACAACACAAGGACUGGAAGACGUAUCACGUUAUCCUCAGUUAUUGGCAACGUUAAUGACCAAUCAUUCUUGGACGGAAGACCAAAUAAAAAAAUUGGCGGGUAACAAUUUGUUAAGAGUGUUUUCAAAAGUGGAAAAGGUCAGAGAUGAAUGGAAAGAAGAUGGCAUGAAACCAGUAGAAGACAUUUUAGUUCCUUUGAACAAAGAUCCUUUACUGCCGAACUGCACCGAUGCAUAUAACAUGACCUAAUAUUAUUUUAUUUAUAAUAAUACUAAUUAGAAAUACGUGUUGGAAAAUGCAUCGUGUCAAGUACCAAAAAGUGGUUAAGUACAAUCGGUGCCAACAAAAUGCAUUGCUAUUACUCUACAGUACCAAGGGAUCCAAAUGUCUGGCUCUUUGUUGUUGUUAGUAGGUAUGAAAACAAAACUAGGUGUUGUGAUAGGAUAUAGGAAUUAUGCAUUCCUUUAAUGACAUUUUUUUUCGGUUAAUUUUUUUAAUUUUUAUAGAGUAAUUCAUGAAUUACAUUACUUUUGUUUUAGUGAAUUGUUGUUUGUUUGAAAGUAUAUUAUACAUUUUGAGCGGAUUUUAAACAGAGUUGUUAUUAUUCAGAUAAUUUUGUAUAUCUAAAUAAAAUGAUAAACUAAA